GACAGUGCUGCUGCGAGAGGGAGCGGGCGCUGUCAGUCUCGGGGCUGCACACACGGACACGGACACGCACACAGACGCGCCCCGGUGCACUGGGACUCCGACAUGGACACCGACACCGAAACCACGGCGCUCUGUCCCUCCGGCAGCCAGCAGGCCACCCCCCCAGGGACGCCCACACCAGAAGCAGAUGGGCUGCAGAAGAAGCCCGAGAAGCUGUUGGCAGACUUGGACCUGGCUCCAGCCCCAGGAGCCCCCAGGCGAAGGGGCAGCAUGCCUGUCCCCUACAAGCACCAGCUGCGGCGGGCCCAGGCGGUGGAUGAACUUGACUGGCCUCCUCAGGCCUCAUCAUCUGGUUCUUCUGACUCCUUGGGCUCAGGGGAGGCAGGCUCCACUGUGAAGGACGGCACCUUCAAGGUUAUGCUGGUGGGGGAGAGUGGCGUGGGCAAGAGCGCGCUGGCUGGCACCUUCGGAGGGCUCCAGGGAGACAGUGCUCAUGAGCCAGAGAACCCAGAGGACACCUACGAGAGACGCAUCAUGGUGGAUAAGGAGGAAGUGACUCUAGUUGUUUAUGACAUCUGGGAACAGGGGGACGCAGGGGGGUGGCUUCAGGACCACUGCCUCCAGACGGGGGAUGCCUUUCUCAUCGUCUUCUCAGUCACUGACCGUCGAAGCUUCUCCAAAGUUCCAGAGACCCUACUUCGGCUCCGGGCUGGGCGGCCCCAGCACGACCUGCCUGUCAUCAUCGUGGGAAACAAGAGCGACCUGGCACGCUCUCGCGAGGUGUCACUAGAGGAGGGCCGCCAUCUGGCCGGAACGCUGAGCUGCAAACACAUCGAGACCUCGGCGGCGCUGCACCACAACACGCGGGAGCUCUUCGAGGGCGCAGUGCGCCAGAUCCGCCUGAGGCGGGGCCGCGCGAGGGGCCAGUGGCCAGAGUCCCGCAGCCCCGAGGGCCCCGCGCCCCCCGCGCGCCGGGAGAGCCUCACCAAGAAGGCGAAGCGCUUCCUGGCCAGCCUGGUGCCACGCAACGCCAAGUUCUUCAAGCAGCGCUCCAGGUCGUGCCACGACCUCUCGGUGCUCUGAGCCGCCUUCGCCAUGGCCCCGAGGUCUCCGGGGUCCCAGCGUGCGCCCCCCUCGGCUUCCUUCGUGGAGACCAGCUAGGAAACCAAAAACUCCGGGGAAGCCCGGGCUGGGCUUGGCCACGUGGGGGGACCCCCACCCGGCCAUGCACGUCCUCGGACGUGCCCCACCCAGGGCGCCUGGCUGGCAGGGCUCAGGCCUGCUGGGGUGGGCUCUGGUGGGUCAGGAAGGAAACUAGUUCCUCAAGGUGUUUGUUUCUUCUAUUUCUUGUUCGUUUUUAAAACCAGAGCACUGGUCAGCUCUGGUUUAUGGUGGUGCUGGGGGAUUGAACCUGGGACCUCUGAGCCUCAGGCAUGAAAACCUUUUUGGCUAUCUCCCAGCCCUAUUUUUGUUGUUGUUGUUUGUUUGUUUGUUUGUUUUUUAAAUUCACCUCUCCUGUAAAGAGAUCCUAGAAGUGAGAACUGAAAACUACUUUGUGGACUCUUUUACAAAGUUUUCCACAUUUGUACUCAGCAAACUGGCCUUGCUUGAAGAGGUCCUUCAAGGUAAAGACACAGAGACCCAGCUCAGACUUGGCUGAAAACUUUUCACACUUUUCAAAACUUUUCUGCUGAACUGGUCCACAUUGCCCAGGUUUCAGAGCCUGGAAGUGUGAUUCCGGAGCACCGACAUUGUGAUUCGCCACAGUCCUUGCCCUUGUAAGGCUGUGAAAGAACAGGUGUGGACCCGCCUCCUAUCCUCCCUCAUGGUCGGCUGUGAAGACCUGAGCAGGGGACAGAUCCCCUCUGGCUGGGGCCCAGGAGGCACCAGAAAAGGGUCAACCUUGCCCUUUUCAAUAAAGAAUUUUUCUAGAA